AUGGGUCUUCUAUGCUUCUUGCUUAUGGUUAUUCUCGGAGUAAUGACGACACGUGUGAAUGGUUACGGUGGAGGUUGGGUGAACGCACACGCCACAUUCUACGGUGGUGGUGAUGCCUCCGGCACAAUGGGAGGUGCUUGUGGGUACGGAAACCUCUAUAGCCAAGGGUAUGGAACCAACACUGCAGCGCUGAGCACGGCUCUGUUCAACAACGGGCUGAGCUGUGGCGCUUGCUUCGAGAUAAGAUGUCAGAACGACGGAAAAUGGUGUCUCCCUGGCUCAAUAGUCGUCACAGCGACAAACUUUUGCCCACCAAACAAUGCUUUACCGAACAACGCAGGAGGUUGGUGUAACCCUCCUCAGCAGCAUUUCGAUCUCUCUCAGCCCGUGUUUCAACGCAUCGCUCAAUACAAAGCUGGCAUUGUCCCCGUCGCCUACAGAAGAGUGCCAUGCGUGAGAAGGGGAGGAAUAAGGUUUACGAUCAAUGGACAUUCUUACUUCAAUCUUGUUCUGAUUACUAACGUCGGAGGAGCCGGAGAUGUUCACUCUGCGUCGGUUAAAGGUUCAAGAACAGGAUGGCAAGCCAUGUCAAGAAACUGGGGACAAAACUGGCAGAGUAACUCUUACCUAAAUGGACAAGCUCUAUCUUUCAAAGUCACUACGAGCGAUGGUCGCACCAUUGUAUCCAACAACGUCGCUUCCCCAGGCUGGUCCUUCGGCCAGACCUUCACCGGCGCACAGAUAUAGAUUUGACUACGAGAAAACUAGUGGUUCGUGUGUGGUGUGUAGUAGUAGUAGUAGCAAGCUUAGAGAAUGGGCAUGUUCGUAAUUUGGUACGUUCUUUUCAGUUUGGGGUUUACCUAAAAAGAAGUGGUGCAUCGAGUGCAUGUUUUUCCACAAGGCCUUGAUGACGUCAUCUUUUUGGGACCUUUGUUUCUAUUACUGGUAAGGUUUGUGUUUAGGUUUUACUGAUGCAGAGGUGGAGUUAAGUACCACCCGCUAGUAGUUAAGUUCCGUUUGUAUCCCUUCUUGAAGCAAGAAGGAGAGUUUUAUGUUUCAAGAAUUGUUAGAUUUGUAUUUUCUCAUGUCAUCUAUGUUGUAAAUUUUUCAAUUUUUAUUAAUAUUGUUGGGGAUUUGUUUUAUAUUUUGUGAGUGUUGAAUAGCCGGAUAGAGUAAAAAAAU